AUGUCGUUCUUGCCUAACAAAUUGCUGCCGUUGUUGCCGAGCAUACCAGACACAGUACCGCUCUGCGACUUCAUGUUUGAUGAGCGCUAUGGCCGAUGUUCGUACAGCGAGUCAUUGAACGCGUACACCUGUGGAAUCACUGGACUGAGCAUUUCUGCGGAAGAGCAGAGAGUCCGCGUUGAGUUGUUGGCAAGAUCACUGGCUCAUGAGCUUCAAUGGCGUGUCAACGAGGGGAACGAAUUUGACAAGGUUGUUGGCAUUUUCGCUCUCAAUACUGUUCUCACUGAUCACUUCUGGAAGAUUGAUGUUAUGGGCCUCUCUUGGGCGAUUCAUCGCAUUAACGGUAUUUCUUCGCCAGCAAACGCGAUGUAUAAUGUGGAGGAGUUGACGCAUCAGUUGUUGACAUCGCGUUGCAAGGCCUUGUUCACGGUUCAUCAACUCCUCCCAGUCGCAUUUAAAGCUGCCGAAGCCGCCGGAAUUCCUUUGGACAAAGUUUAUCUCUGCGAUACGCCUUGGGAACCGUACGGGGAGCGAAAGCCUGCUUUCAAGAGUCUCACUGACUUGGUUGACCUUGGUCAGUCGCUCCCACCAUUGGAGCCAAUCAAGUGGUCAAAUGGUCAAGGUCAGAAGCAAACUGCCUUUCUUUGCUACUCGAGUGGCACAUCCGGCUUGCCGAAAGCAGUGAUGAUUUCGCAUAGAAAUGUCAUCGCAAACAUCAUUCAACUCUCUCUCUUCGACCAAGAAGAUCGAGACAACUUAGCUCCUCGGCACCGCGAUGUUGGAUUGGGGCUUUUACCGCAGUCUCAUAUAUACAGCUUGAUCAUCAUCUGUCACGCGUCUACCUAUCGAGGCGACUCUGUUAUCGUGUUACCUAAGUUCGACCUUGAGACUUACUUGAGAACGAUUCAGACGUACAAGAUCAAUACCUUGUAUCUGGUCCCUCCCAUAAUCAUUACCAUGAUCAACAAUUUGGAGACCUUGAGUCGUUACGACCUGAGUUCAGUCAACCGAGUCUGGGUCGGCGCAGCUCCUCUGGGACUAGAAGCGACCAAUACUCUUCUGGCAAACUAUCCUUCGUGGAAAGUCACACUUGGGUACGGUAUGACAGAAACAUGUGUGGUUGUCACCUCUGGUACGCCACGAGACAUUGUUGUUGGCAGCUCAGGAUGGAUCCUACCGGGUUUUGAAAUCAUGCUCGUCGACGCAGAAGGAAACAGGAUAUCGAGAUGCAACGAAUCAGGCGAGGUCUGGGUGAGAUCGCCCUCCGUGGUUCUUGGGUAUCUCAAGAAUGACGCUGCCAAUCAGGAAACAUUCGUCGAGCUCCCUGAAGGCAGAUUCAUCAAGACAGGCGAUAUUGGGGAGAUGAGAAAAGAGCCCAGCGGUAACGAGCAUCUUUGGAUAGUGGAUCGAAUCAAAGAGCUUAUCAAAGUGAAGGGUCAUCAAGUCGCUCCAGCAGAGCUAGAGGCUUGCCUUCUCGGGCAUCCAAACGUUGCAGAUUGCGCCGUGAUCCCGAUUCCCGAUCAUCGGUCUGGAGAAGUCCCGAAGGCUUUUGUUGUCAAGAGCGGGGAAGUCUCGGCAGAUGAUGUUCAGGCUUACAUCCAGUCAAGGAAAGCACCUCAUAAGUGGAUCAAGGGCGGCGUUGAGUUCGUGGAGGCCAUUCCCAAAUCUGCGUCUGGCAAGAUCCUGAGAAGAGUUCUGCGGGAUCGUGAGAAACAGCGCCGUGCAUCGAAACUGUAA